AUGGGAGAAUACUCAAAAGCAGUUUCAUCUCACGAAAAAGCACUUGAAAUUCUAGAGAAAAUACUUCCUUCAAAUCAUCCUGAUUUGGCUACUUCAUAUAGCAACAUCGGUUUGGUGUAUGAUAACAUGGGAGAGUACUCAAAAGCACUUUCAUUUAACGAAAAAGCACUUGAAAUUAAACAAAAAACUCUUCCGUCAAAUCAUCCUGAUUUGGCUACUUCAUACAAUAACAUUGGUUUGGUGUAUGAUCACAUGGGAGAGUACUCAAAAGCACUUUUGUUUUACGAAAAAGCACUUGAAAUUCGAGAAAAAAUCCACCCGUUAAAUCAUUCUGAAUUGGCUACUUUAUACAACAACAUCGGUAGUGCGUAUGACCACAUGGAAGAGUACUCAAAAGCACUUUUAUUUUACGAAAAAGACCUUGAAAUCCAAUUAAAAAUAUUUCCUUCAAAUCAUCCUUCAUUAGCCACUACAUACAACAACAUUGGCUUGGUGUAUAACAAUAUGGAAGAGUAUUCCAAAGCACUUUCGUUUUACGAAAAAGCACUUGAGAUUAAAUUAGAAACUCUUUCUUCAAAUCAUCCUUCAUUGGCUAUUACUUACAAUAAUAUCGGUUUGGUGUAUGGCAACAUGGGAGAAUAUUCAAAAGCACUUUCGUUCUAUGAAAAAGACCUUGAAAUCUGUCAAAAAACUCUUCCUUCGAAUCAUCAUUCAUUGGCUGCUUCAUACAACAACAUCGCCACUGUGUAUUGUGAUAUGAAAGACUAUUCGAAAGCUCUCUCAUGUUAUGAACGUGCUCUGGAUAUAGUACAGCGUGGAUUACCUCCAACUCAUCCUCAUAUAGAAAGUGUGAAAAAAAGUAUUGAAUUUGUAAAAGAUAAAAUUCUAAAGAAUAUUUAA